AUGACUACCAAUGGUGUCAAUGCCAACCCACCAACUGAGUCUCUAUUGAUUACCUUCGACUUGGAUGACACUAUCUUUCCCAUUAAACCGGCCGUUGAAGAAGCCAAUGUGGCACAACUACGAGCCAUGAAACAAUUGGCAGGGUAUCCCGAGACAACCAUGGAACAAUGCAUGGUCCAGACACGAGCCAUUCGACAAACACUCACACAACCCAUUACCUACACGGAUCUGCGCAAGGGAGCCAUUCGGGCCGAAUUGGAGCGCAUCCAUGGCAAUAAUGAUGAUGUAGCACAGCAAGUAGUGGAACAAUGCUUUGAUGCCUGGCUACAGGAACGACAUGCUUCGGCAGAACGACACUUGUUUCCCGAAACGAUUCCUGCCUUGCAAGAAUUACAAUCCACAUUGGGCCAAAAGUACAAUCUCUGCAUGGCGGGAAUCACUAAUGGACGAGGCAAUCCACUUUGUAUGCCCAGUACGGAACCGUUCUUUCAGUUCUGUGUCAGUGGAGAAGAUGCCAAUGUCUUUCCGCAUCGAAAGCCGCAUCCGAAUAUUUACAAGGCGGCGUUGGAACAAUGGCAACAGCUUGUGGAAGAGGCAAUGCCCACAGUUUGGAUUCAUGUCGGGGAUUGCCUGGCAAAUGAUGUGGGUGCCAGCAGUGACGUGGGUGCCAAGGCCAUUUGGGUGGCACCGAGCGAGGAGCCUGAAGACGGAGAACAACCGAGUUGGUCGACGGCCACAGCAAAAGACUUGAAGGAACGAGCGAAAUUGAUGGAAGCAGCACGAUCCAAAAUGAGUGGCAAAGUGACCAACUUGUCACAACUGACGACCGUCGUGCAAGAUAUCGUCUCCAAGGAACUGGCUGCUGCCGAAACAGUCCUAAAUUCAUAA